GGCAUUGAUAUUUAUCAAUAUCCAUUUUUGUCCGGCAUUCAAAAUUUUCAAACAACGAGUUAUAAAAAGUCAAAAGCUGUGGGUUUUAAUUUCCAUUUGAUUCUUCAGAAUAAGAGUCACCAACUCAACUUCUCAAGCACUGGCUUGUAGCUCUAGGCAAGUCCAGAGGAGCCAAAAACCACACCCAAAAAAAAUAAAAUAAAUAAAACAUAAUGGUUCUUAGCCUAUCGGAUUCCACAACGGCAGCAGAACAGGAAGCAAGGAAUAUUGAAGACGGAGAAGAAGAAGAAGGAGAUGGAGGAGGAGAUUCAGGCAGAGGGACGUGGAAGCACGCUGCUUUCCACGUGGCCACGACGAUCGCCACACCCGCCGCUUACGCUCCCUUGCCCUUUGCCCUUGCUUCUUUGGGCUGGCCUCUAGGUGUCACUAGCUUAGUGGCUGGAACGCUCGCUACUUGGUAUUCCAGUAUUCUCAUCGCUUCUCUUUGGAAAUGGGACGGUGACAAACACGUUACCUAUCGCAAUCUUGCUCAAAGCAUUUUCGGUUUCUGGGGUUACUGGUCUAUUGCAUUUUUUCAGCAAGUGGCUUCUUUGGGCAAUAAUAUUGCGAUUCAAAUUGCUGCAGGAAGCAGCCUCAAGGCAGUUUACAAAUACUACCACAAUGAUGGAACCCUGAGCUUGCAGCAUUUCAUUGUCUUCUUUGGGGGCUUUGAACUCCUCCUCUCUCAGCUCCCCAAUAUUCACUCCUUGAGAUGGGUAAAUGCAUUGUGCACUUUCUGCACUGUUGGUUUUGCUGGUACCACCAUUGGUGUCACAAUUUACAAUGGAAAAAAGAUUGAUAGAAAAUCAGUCAGUUAUGAUUGGCAAGGAAGCUCAUCUUCUAAGACCUUUAGAGCCUUCAAUGCCCUCGGCGCAAUUGCCUUUUCAUUUGGGGAUGCAAUGCUUCCUGAGAUACAGAACACUGUCAAAGAACCUGCAAGGAAUAAUAUGUAUAAAGGUGUCUCAGCAGCAUAUACACUGAUUGUGUUGAGUUACUGGCAACUAGCCUGCUUUGGAUACUGGGCUUUUGGUUCUGAAGUUGAGCCUUACAUUUUGGCUUCUCUAAUAAGUCCUGAAUGGACUAUUGUUAUGGCAAAUCUGUUUGCUGUGGUACAAAUAUCAGGAUGCUAUCAGAUCUAUUGCAGGCCAACAUAUGCUUACUUUGAGGAAAGUCUAUUAUCCAAGAAAGUCACCAGCCAUUUGUCACCCAGAAACAGCUUAGUUCGUCUUAGUUUCACUUCAAUUUAUAUAGCUCUAAUAACCUUAAUUGCAGCAGCAAUGCCUUUCUUUGGGGAUUUUGUAUCAAUUUGUGGAGCAAUUGGAUUCACACCUCUGGAUUUUAUCUUCCCUGCUUUAGCAUAUUUGAAAGCUAGAAGAAGAAGAAAGUCCCAAAACACCAGGUGUCACCUUUCUUUGCAGUUGCUUAACUUUGUAAUAGUCACAUGGUUCUCGGUCGUUGCAGUGUUGGGUUGUGUUGGUGCAGUCAGGUUUAUAGUGGAGGACAUCAAAACCUACAAAUUCUUUCAUGAUAUGUAAGAGUCGCUUGUUUUUAAAUCCCCUUUCCAUAUUCAGAAAUAUAAAUAUAGCAAGCAUUUUAGA